CUCCAGUCUGAACAUUGUGUUAUUCCUGACUUACAGAAACUUCCCUUGGAACUUAACUGUGCAAAAGGAAAGCAAUAAUUUUUGUAAAUGCAUGAGCAAGGGCGGACUGACAACUCAUGGGGCCCCCAGGCAAUAGGGGAUCAUGAGGCCCCUGUGUCCUUGCCCAAACUCAAAAAAGCCUAUGAAAAAGGUACCAGGGGCAUCUCAUGGGGCCCCCUACUGACCCCGGGCCCUCGGGCAGUGCCCGAGUUUCCAAAUGGUCAGUCCGCCCCU